AUGACAUCGAAUAAAAGAGAUAAAUCUGCUUCGAGACAAUAUCAAGAAAUCAGUGGAAAUGAAAAUGAGAGUGAUCAAACACGACCGACAACUGCUGCUGCAAAUGAUGCGAAGAGUAAAUGGUUGGCAGCACAUAAUGAUUUUGUCGCCGGAAUAAAUACAGUUGGGACAUGUAUGGAGCUUGUGGAUCUGUUUGCAGAGGGUUCAGUGAAUUUAGUCGUUGCGGAUUUUGGAAAUAUUUUAUUAAUGCCAAAACUACAAGCGAAACUGAAAGUUUUCAAAAGUUUUUCGCUGUUGAAAGAAAAUAAUCUCUCAGAUUUACCAUGUGCACUGGUGGCUUGCUAUACGGACAACCUUCAACCAAGAAUUCCAGCAUUGGCAGUAGCUUCGGGUUCUGCAGUAUUUCUUUUCAAAUCAUUACGUCCCUAUUACAAAUUUGUCUUACCUCAAAUUGAAAUCGCUCAAGUAGAAAAAGAUGUUUGGCAUAAAGCUCGUGAGGGUAAUGUCGAUAUUCGAGCCAUGCAUGACGUUCUCAAUGAACUACAUCGUGCUGGUACUGUUCCAUUGACACCUCGUUCACUAACAUUCCUGCAAAUGUCGAAAAGCAAUGAAGCAUACCAAUUCGUCGAACAUUAUAAGAACGUUGAAUUAAAACGACAAAGCUGUGUAACAUGUAUGAAAAAACUUAAUAAAAAUUCCGCUGACGAAGAUGGAUUGAAUUGUCUUGUGAUUGGCACUGAAGAUCAACAUAUUUAUAUCGUUGAAGCAGAAGCAUUUACAAUUUUAGCAACGAUGACGUGCCCUGCGACACCGUCAUUUCUGGAAGUGUCCGGUGUUUAUGAUGUCGAAUUUCGAAUCCUAGCUGCUUGUCGGAAUGGUUAUAUCUAUCUGUUUCGAAGAGGAAAUCAAACUCCACGAAAUGCAAUUUACCUAAAUUCUAUUGCGGUUGGUCUUGAACGUUUUGGGAAAAACAUCAUUGUCGGAUGCAUGGAUUCAUCAUUGCAUUGCUACACAACAAAGGGUAAACGAUAUUGGAAACAUAUCUUACCAGCACCUAUAACUGCCAUGUGCCAAAUUGAUUAUCGUCCAAAAGGUUUUCAAGCUGUGGCUGUAGCAUUAGCAAAUAAUGAAAUACAUUUAUACAAGGACAAGUUUCUUGUUGAUGUCAUUCAAGUCGAAGAAAACAUUUAUGCAAUGAAAUUUGGAAAAUUAGGACGAGAAGAUGCAACGUUAAUUAUGAUUACUAAAAAUGGUGGACUGGUCAUAAAAAUUCUUAAGCGAACGGCAACAUUCGAAGAGAAUGAUACUCUUCAUGGACCUCCGAAGGAACAACAGGUGAAAAUUGAUGUUCCAAAACGAACAAAACUCUAUGUUGAUCAAACAUUGCGCGAAAAGGAACAAGCUGAAACGAUGUAUCGAAUAUUUCAACAAGAUCUCAUCCGUUUGAAAUUAUUAACUGGAAAAGAAUUUCUUAAAUCAGUUCAAGCCGGUUUAAAUCCUGUGGCGAAGACGAAAACCGAAGCAAUACGUAUCAAUGCUGAAGUUCAUGGACUCGGUCCCCGGUUCAAAUUAACCGUUAAACUUCAAAAUACAUCGUCAGUAUCGUUAACACCAAUCAUCGAUCUAUUCCUGUCAUUUACAUAUGACGAGAAUAUCUACAAUCUUAAUCCUAACUAUAUCGAGAUUCCAAUUCUCAUCAAUGGAAUUGAAUACGGGUUCUGUACAUUUGUUACCUGCAUUACGGACAAAGUCAUAUCGGAUGUCAUUAAGGUAUUCGUUUGUCGACGUGAUACAACAGCACCAUUAAUCUCGGCUGUGAUUAACAUGCCUGUCGCUGAACCGAAUCUAGCUUUAUAG